AUGGCAACCGCAACUCCUCCCUUCAAGGUGAAGGCGUUGUAUCAAUACUCCACAGAUUACGAGGAAGACUUGAACUUCGACGUUGGUCAGUUGAUCACUGUUUCUGAAAUUGAGGAUGAAGAAUGGUUCAGCGGAUAUUAUGAUGAGGACGGAGUUAGAAAAGAGGGCAUUUUUCCAAAAACUUUUGUUGCGGUAGUAGCUGCUCCCAGUGAGGCAGUGCAGAAGGUGGAGGAGCAGCCAGAUCCAGCAGAAGAAUUGGAGCUGGAGACGAAAGAGAAAAAGGAUGUCCAAGCGGAGCAAGAAGCCAAACAACCACAUUUAUCACAAAAACAGGAAUCUCAACAAGAGCAACCGCAAGAGCCAGGGCCACAGUUAGGCCAAACGGAAGAGGAAGAAGACUCAGCAAAGCAACAGAGAAGUCCAAUUGAUCUUUCCAAACCAAAGGUUUCCGCUACCCGUACUGUCUCUCACCAGGAAGCAGAGACCACAGAGAAUACAAGUACCAGCCCAGUUCGUGGUCAUCACGGCACUUCUCAGAAUGAAAUGCUUAACAGGAUAUCCACAUUCAACCAUGGGACAGUGGCUCCAAUGCCUACGAAAGGGCCGGUGAAUGAAGCACCUGUAAAGAAGUCUUUCGUAGCUGCCCCUUCAAGUUACGUUCCGCAGGGAUUUGGUGAUAAACCAAAACCAAAAUCUAUCUCUCAAGAAACUCAUCCUGCAAACAUAGUUUCAGAGCAUUCUCAGAGAGAAGAGGAAGAGGAAGGGCCAAAAAUGAGCCUGAAGGAAAGAAUUGCUUUAUUACAGAAACGUCAGCAAGAAGAAGCCGAACGAGCUCAGGCUAUAUUAAAGAGGAAGGAACAGAAGAAGAAGAAGAAAGAGCAGCAGUAUACUCAAGCUGCUGAGAAUCAGGAAACUGAGCUUGAACCUACCGAGACUAACUUAGAUAGGUCUAAAACUGCUGAUAGCACCGCGGCUUCUCAACAGGGCGAGGUACUAGAUACUGCCUUACCCGCAGCGCAGGAACAGAGUCCCACUGAAAAACACCAGGAAACUACCGGUGUAGAGAAACAACAGAUUGCACAUUCUGUUGCCAUCGAAAGUGAUGAUAAUCGAAGCGAUAACGAGGAUAUAGAAUCAAACCAGGGCAAUACAAUUGAAGAUGAACUAGUGAAUGAAGAUGAAGAUGAUGCAAGUUCACAAAACGAAAUUGAGGAAGUCAGGGAUGACAACAACCAGGAUGAUGAUAAAGAAGAGGAGGACGAAGAAGAAGAGGAAGAUGAAGAAGAAGUAAAAAGACGCAACCUUAGAGAACGUAAACCAGCUUCCAAAAAUGAAAAGAAAGUUGAAAAGACUGAAAAAGAACAUCUGGAUGUCGCUGAAUCUAACACGGGUUCUUUGCCAAAUGUUGCAGUUGCACAGACUGUUGGUGCAACUCAUUUUCAGCCCCCUGAUGAUGGAAGUGGUCCAUCUGAUGAAUCUGAACUAGUAGAUGAAUCAGAUGAAGUUACAUCGCAAGCUGAUGCUACAGCUCUUGACUUAAAAGAGGCACCUAUUCCGGUUCCUAGUCACCCUUCAAUUCCUCUAUCAGCUCGACCAGUUCCUAUCCCAACUCCUAGGGUACCCGUUUCAGAGACAGAACCUCAUACCGCUUCUGGAACUACAAACCUUCCUCCACUGCAUACGCGAAGUAGUUCAAAAGAGGAACAUGAAGUUGGAGACCCCAUUUCUCCAUCAGUGGUAUCACCUAAAGUUCCAUCCAUUCCCAAACGCACACCAGUUUCACCUGGUACUCAUAGGGCUCCACCUAUUCCUGCCCCUGCGGUUCCCAUUUCUCCUCAAAAUAUUUCCCCCUCUGCCCAAAGAAGAUUUUCAGAGGAGUUGGGACGUAGUAUUCCUAAGGUCCCCCCUCCAGGUGCUCCCCCAAUCCCUACAAGGGAUUUCAGGGAUUCCAAUGCAGGAGUAUCUGAGACUGCUGUAUCUCCUGAUGUUCCAAAACAGACUAUCAGUGAUGCUUCAGAAGCCCCACCUCUGCUAGAAUUUGAUCCUGAGGCUAUGAAUCAAAAUUUCAAUCAUGAGCAUCACAGCCCAGAAGACUCUGAUAAUAACGUAACUGGGUAUGAGGCAGACGAGGACACAGAUGUAAACAGGUCUCCCUCUCAUAUUGCCACAAAACCAUCAGUUCCCAUACCAGAAGUUAGAAAGGUUCAGACAGAGGUCAAUCAGAUAAGGGACCCAAAAGUUGGUCGGAGCCAAACACUCCCACCUGCAGCUCCUGCUCCACCAAUUCCCGGAUUUGCGCCAAAUGUUCCAUCACCAAUUGUACCUUCUAGAGUGAGAAAGGAGGCACCACCUCCUCCUCCUGUUCCAGCCCCUACUACCGAUCUUAACGCAGCCCAACAGCUUCCUCCAGCACUGAAAAAGACGCCAACUGGAUCCAAUUCAAUUGAGAGGAAGAAUUCCGUAUUGUCUGCCACUCAGUCAAACAAGUUCACUGACCAAACUUGGUAUGUCAAGGGUCGUGCUCCUCCUGGGUUCAGUGCAAGGAUACAUGAUGACGUUUUGCUUGAAAUUGACAGCAACACCAUUAAGAGAAGGGGCAACAGACACACCAUCUAUAGGGAUUUCUAUGUGCUGUCAUUUGACUUAUCGCAAGAUGUCUUCGAAGUCGAAUGGGACGAAAGCCUUCCCGAAGAGGCCGAGACAAAGCACCAUAGAAUUGAUGCUCCUGUUUUUACUGUUGAUACGUUGGUGUGGAACUCUCAAGAAUAUGGAUCCAAGGUGUUCCAGCUUGCUCAUUCGUUUAUUGGUAAACAACUUGACGGAAGUUUGGUCGAAACAAUAUAUUCUCAGAUUGAAGGAAUACUACCGCCUAUUGGCGUCAAAGGUUACGGUGCCACCAUCUACAAGAACAACAGCAACAGCUCAGUGAAUCAGCAGGAUGAGUUUAGACCAGGAGAUGUGCUAUGCAUGCUCAAGUCAAAAUUUGUUGCUCAUAAACUCAAACCGGCAUUUGAAGUCGGCAACAAGACUGAACCGUACAGUGGAAUCAUCUCUGAGUACGACUCUCAGAAAAAUAAGCUAAGAGUAAUCGAACAGGAUAGCCGUGGAAAGGUCAAGGCAAACAGUUACCGGUUGAAUGACUUCAAGAGCGGAAAAAUCAGAGUUUUCAGACCUAUUGGUAGAGAUGCGAUCGGUUGGUAG